AGUUAGUUAUGUACAGCCAUCUUGGGCAGACUACAAGAGAAUGGAUGGAGGCCCGAGUGCAGCCCGUGUGGAUAAGCUUACCUAUGCUCAACAAGUAGCGAUGGAUAAGAUACAGAAGCUUGGUACACCAUGGACUGAUAAAGAUACUCGUCAUAGAUUGAAGGACUUUCUUACAUCAGGAGCAUAUGGUCACUGGUCUGCUAUGAGAUCAUACAUCAUCGGCUCCCAAGAAGAUAUGCCCCCACAGCGGAGCCCAUCAGAAGCCUCUUCAUCAUCAUCUUCGAGUGAUAGUGAGGAAGAUGGUAGGGAUACACCUAAGGCACCUAGUAGUAAUGAAGGUGAUGGUGGUCCAAUGGUGGUGGAUGAGGUACUGUGUGAGGUCCUCAUGCUAUCAUUCAUUGGUCUGUUGAUAAAGGUUAUAGUCCUUUUAGCGGAGCGUAACGUGAACAAUGAGGAGGAGGAUGAUGAUUCGGAUUAUGUACCAGAUGGAGCAUCAACUGCUAGCUCAACAAGAGGAGAGAAUACCCUUCUUGACCAGCUUGAAUGGCUUCUCGACAUCCCUUUACUCAAGGCAGUUGCCGAUACUCUCAACACUACCACUACUACCUCUCUUACUAAUACCAAUGAGCGCUGUUGGGCUCGUCUAUGGGAACGCCUUAAACAAGAUGGUCGGAGGGCAACUAGUGGUGGUGUGGACACUGAGUAUACGGUGAUACUUAAUGGUAUAGGAACGUUACUCACUAGCAAUGUGUCACCAGUAGUGGCCUAUCUAUUCCCUCAAUGGAGUAGGCUAGUUGAUGGCAGUAUGAAGAUGGAGGAGAAGAUGGAUUACAUUGAUCAAGCAGCUGAAGAGGCUCAGAAGAUGCUAAAUACUAUGAAUGCCAUACAUGGCUUGGUCACUCUAGUGGCACCAUCAUUACCAUCAUCCAUUGAUACUCCCUUCAUCGUCACAUCAGUAGCAAGAGGUCACGAGAAUGAUGAGGAGGAGGAGGUCGCUACGAUGAGGAUGUGUCGGUUGAAUGGCUUCAACGUAAAGAUCAAUACCAUAGAUUUAUCAGCUCAGCUUUAA